GCCAGUACCUUGCUAUCUCUUCCGGGUAUCGCAAUACAUUUUAUUCCGAUCUCUUCAAUACUUUUUUCGCAUUGCAUUGGUUCAUUUAUUUUCAAACAUUAUUGUAGAUAUUUAUAAAAUGGCAGCUGGGAGAGGAUUCAGGCUAAAAGCUUAUUCUGCAUCGCGUUGAUGAUGCUCAGUGUUCAUGUUGAGCUGGGCUGAAGGGAACAUGAACAGAUGCUAAUGAAUUAGAGACCACAUUACAAAUUUGUGAAAUACCUGAUCAAGAUAAAUCUGAACAUAGUCAGUAGCCUAUAUGCGACGAUGCACCGGCGUUUGUGGUGACAGUUCAAUUCAAGCCAACAAAAGCCAUUUCAUUCUCUGACUAUGCAAUAGCUAUAUCUGUAAACAAUUGACCUAGCUGAAGCCUACAAAUAGGAGUCUAGGAUGCUGCAGGGUCCACAUGUCCUGGGUCAUGACAAGCCUCUGAUCAGACUAUCAUUCACGUCCUGUGUUGUGGGCACCGUCAGCCUGCCACUGCUUGGCUUAAUUACCUGCAUCUCCAUCUCCUCCGUGUUCCAUUUCCAGGACUCCACUGACACACAUUGCAAGGUUACCAAUUAUCUGCCCUCCAUUAGUGCCUCCAUAAGCCUGAGCCCAGAGUGCCAUAUCUGGCGCUUCUGCAUUGGCCUGCACUCUGCUCCCAGGUUCCUGGUGGCCGUGGCCUAUUUUAACUUCUAUAAGGGCCGCUUCUCCACAAGGUUCCUGGAAUGGCUGCUCAGCUGCCUCAACUUUAUCUGUGCCAUCACUGAGAACUUUGGCCUCUUGCUGCUCACCUACGUGUCAUCCAAUGAGACUUACCUUGUCCAUAAAGAAGGUUUUGUCCUGUUCAUUGCCAGUUCUGUUAUCCACAUGGUGUUAACCUGUCGGCUGUGGAUGGUUAUAAAGAAGUACUCACUGAUUCCUGAGGACGUGAAAUCUUUCCACUGGAAAAUCCGCUGCUUGAUCCUCAACAUCGCUUUCUGCUGCUUGGCUGCUUACUUUUACUGGAAACACAACAUGUACUGUGAACAAGGGAGCUACACCUUUUUCGCCCUCUUUGAGUAUUGUGUGGUGUUCUCCAACAUGGCCUUCCACCUAACAGCCUUCUGGGACUUUAAGAGCAGAGAGAUGGUGGUCAUCUCACCAGAGGAGGGUAAAGACUUCUGACUGGGAAACAGAGGGUCAGGUGACAGGUGUUCAACCACUCAGAACACACCUAGCGGAGAUGAUGCUGUUGCAGAGGAGGAGGAGCAGGAAGAGAGCGCCUUCUUCCAUAUAUUUACAUGAUGGCGGAUGUCAUGACUGUAAAUAAUCACUUUAUUUAUCUGGACUGUUCAACCUGAAAGUCAAUCCUACUGUACCAACAUUUUGAUAGAGUUGAUAUUAACAUACUGUAUGAUACAUGACAGACUUCGUCCUCUAUGAUUUGGGACAGUGGGGCAACUUCGACUUGAUCACCUUGACUUAAGAGUGUGUCCUUCUUUAGUCAUGCUCACGUGUCUAUGACUUAUCACUUGUGAAAUUCGGGAAAUGCUGACUGUUGCCAAUGAUGUGAUCCGAAGAGAGUGUAUUCAGCUCUUUGUAGAAAGUAUUUUUAAAUGCAUCAAGAACUGUAGAUAAACGCAAAUAUGAUUUUGUAUAUUCUCAAGUAGAGAGAGACAUCUUAAAGGUAUUAAUAAGCUAAAAGUGUUUUUUUUUUUGUGUAAACAUUAAGCUUCAUUAAACAAUUAUUUCUGAACUUUUGAGCUAUUUACCAUAACAUGCUUAUUCUUAGUGAGUCAGUCAGUCAGUGAGGUCCACAACCUAAAUUAAGGAAGUUACAAAUAAAUGUUCUUCCUCGUUUGUAAAGACAGAGAGAGGGACAGAGAGAGAGACAGAGAGAGAGAGAGGGAGAGACAGAGAGAGAGAGAGACACAGAGAGAGAGAGAGACAGAGAGAGAGAGAGACAGAGAGAGUGAAAGAGACAGAGAAAGAGAGAGACAGAGAGAGACUGAGAGUGAGAGAGAGAGAGAGAGAGAGAGAGAGAGAGAGAGAAUGAGAUGGAGAGGUAGAUCCAGAUAGUACUAGAGUGGGUGUUGUAUACAGUCACAUACAGUAUAUACUAUACUAAAACUGUAAGGACAUCUAUCUGUAUGUCCCUACACUGCUCUCACACAAAGAAGUGUCUGUUAUCCAGCAGGCAGAGCAGAGGCACUGAGGCCUUAUUUCACUGUCAAAUGAGUCCAGUGGCCUGAGGUAUGGGAGAGGACAGUGAUUGUACAACAAAUGAAAAUAUAUGUUUCACAACUCUGUAACAGCAAGCUGGAUCAUUUCACUUCCAAAUGAUUCUCAGGCAAAUCAGGGACGUCAUCGUUGUUUAGCAUGCUGGUUUCUAUCACAUCCCAUGACUCCAUUGGAAAGGGUUUGUCAUUCUUGAGGUAUUAAUUUAAUUGUAUGCAUUGAUCAACACAUUUAUUUGCUGUUCCUGAUGAUGAGAAUAAAGACAUGUCAAAGUAAUCUA